CCUCCCGGGCGGCGGCUGCCGGGCGCUGUCGUGCGGCCCCCGCGCCCGUGCGGGGACUAUGAAGCACCAUGGUGUGGUGUGACCGUGGGGUCCAGAUGCUGCUGACCACGGUAGGAGCCUUCGCCGCUUUCAGCCUCAUGGCCAUCGCCAUCGGUACCGACUACUGGCUCUACUCCAGUGCUCACAUCUGCAACGGCACCAACAUCACGGCGGACGAGGCGCAGGGGCCACCGCGGCGGGCAAGGGGCGAUCUCACUCACUCGGGGCUCUGGAGGAUCUGCUGCCUCGAAGGAAUCUACAAGGGACAUUGCUUCCGAAUCAACCACUUCCCCGAAGACAAUGACUACGACCACGACAGCUCCGAGUAUCUUCUCCGCAUUGUCCGUGCCUCCAGUGUGUUUCCCAUCCUAAGCACAAUAUUGCUGUUGCUGGGAGGUCUCUGUGUCGGAGCAGGAAGGAUUUACAACAGCAAAAACAACAUCAUUCUCAGCGCUGGGAUUCUCUUUGUUGCAGCAGGACUAAGUAAUAUCAUAGGGAUCAUUGUCUACAUAUCAAGCAAUGCAGGUGACCCAAGUGACAAGCGAGAUGAGGACAAAAAGAACCAUUACAACUAUGGUUGGUCUUUUUAUUUUGGAGCCUUGUCUUUUAUCGUGGCUGAAACCAUCGGUGUUCUGGCUGUGAACAUUUAUAUUGAGAAGAACAAAGAGCUGAGGUUUAAGACCAAGAGGGAAUUCCUUAAGACUUCUUCCAGUUCUCCUUAUGCCAGGAUGCCAAGUUAUAGGUACAGGAGGCGGAGGUCCAGAUCCAGUUCUCGAUCUACAGAGCCUUCUCCAUCUAGAGACAUUUCUCCAGUUGGCAUGAAGAUAGCAAGCACCAUUCCCAUGAACGAAAUCUCCAUGUACACCCUUUCCAGAGAGCCUUUGAAGGUUACGACGGCCGCCAGCUACAACGCAGACCAAGAAGCCAGUUUUCUGCAGGUUCACAACUUCCUCCAGAAGGAGUUUAAGGAAGGACUCCACGUCAACAUGGUCAACAGGAGAACAACACCCGUGUGAAGUACCUUCCUUCCUUGCGCUUUCUGAAGAGCUACUGAAACAGAACGGGUCUGUCGUGAAAGAGAAGGAAGCGAUGUUAAAAUACCCUCUCACUUCUUUCAUUGUGGCAUGUGUUGAGGUAGCAAGUGGAGAUCCUCUGGACCAACAUAAAGAUUUUACACGCUCGUAGCUUUUUCUGAAGCUAUCCGGAGUUUGUUUUCUUUCAGUUCUUGGUGUCACGAGAUGAAGGCAGUUCGUGUUCCUGCACUUUCGUAGUGUGUACAAAGUCUUGGAGAAACUGCAAAGGCCUUGCCACCAGUGUGUUUUAAAGGAUUACAGAGAAAUUGUUGUACCACUUUUUUUCUCUUUCUUUCGUUUUUGUUUUCUUUUUCUAAUCUUGAGAUCCCUUCAUACAAACUGGCAAAUAGCAUUUGUAACCGAGCCCAAGGACGAGCACGAACUCCUCAGCAAGUGAGACCCUUCCCUCUGACACAGAAUAAGUUUUGCCUCUUUCAAAUAAAAUUUUAAAAAGGAAAAAAAAAAGGGGGGGGGGAAAAAAGUAUUUUUGAAGGCAACACUUUGUAAAACUGACCUGAAACCGUGGAGCACCCGAGUAGUGAGCGUUAUGGACUCCCUGCUGGGGUGGUAAGGGGGUCUCUGGGUGGUUUCUGGGUGUAAGGCGUCCCUCAAGGGCAAUGCAGGUUGGGGAGAAGAGGGUGGGUGCAUCCUGAAGAACCUAGAAGGGGAAAGAUUAAAGUUGCUGGGACUUGAGCAUAUCUGCAAAUAUCAUUUCUUGCCUAACAUUUAGAAAACUUGAAUUCUCAUUUCGACUAGCCCUAGUGCCUGAUCCGGCAAGGUGCUGAGUGCUGUCUGUCAGGAGCCCCUAUAGACUACUUACAGCGAGAGCGAGGAGCAGAGCUGAGCUGGGGCAGCCCACGCGGGCGAAAGCCACCGGUUCCCUGCAACUGCAUAUUCCUGUUUUCCUUACUGCUUCACAAGUGCAACACUAAUGCUACUGGAAACGAAGAUGUUCUGAGCAACGUGCGUGAGCAAACGAGCAGCUGAUAACGUUGGGACGAGCAAAAGUUGCCGCAGGCAGCGGGGACUGAGCGUUGACGGGACGGAUGCCAACUUUGUCUUUUUUAAACUAGAACAAAAAGGAAUCACCGUUUCUGAGAUAUUUAUUGAACUCUUUUUCUUAUCAGUGAAUAAGUGCCGCAUGGUGCAAGGUAGAGUUGCUUUUAGAUGGAAAUGAUGGUUUGACCUAAUUUAAUUUAUUUUGUAAUGAUGAGUCUACUCACAUGCAGAGAGCCCACAGACAACUCUAUGCAUCACCUACGGGGGAACUCAUUUGUACCCUUUGCUUCUCUAUGUUCCUAAAACAGUCUGAACUUCUUUUUCUUUCCAAUUCCUGCUUUCAUUUACUUUCUUUUACACUUAGGCUUGGAAUCUCAAAGCUCGAGGGGCUGACUCAAAGGUAGUUUCAUUUGAUAGUGCUCAUGUUGAUUUUAGUGACCACUCGACCAAGCCAUAUGAGAAUGAGGUGCCCAGUUCCCCUUGGAUGAAUUAGGUGCAGUGAGAGAGGAGCAUCUAAUUCCUGUAGAUUCCUUUUAAUAUACCUGUCGUCUGUGUCCUGAAAAGUCUUUGCUACUAGAAGACUAGAGACGAGACAAAAGCCCUGAUUUGGAAAGCUUGGCUCACUGGUGGUGGGAGAUCUCAGCCAAACUGUUAAAACCUCCUUAGUUUUAAUUGAUCCUGCGAUGGCUGCAGCGUCAGUGGUGUUUUGGAUACAAGGCUUUCAGCUAGUGGAACCAAGUCCUCCAGGGAAAUCCCGGGGGAGCUGCCUUAACAUCCCAAAACCACGUUGAACCCCCUCUCCCCACCCUGCUUAGGCCUCUCUCCUUGCAAGAACCAAGACACAAUUCUCAAUUCUAAGUGGAAGUCUUCCCCUAGUCGCUGCCGGGCUCUGCCUGGCUCAGCCUGGCAGAGUGACAUCGUUCUUUUGGCAGAGGUGGGUUGGAGCCUUCAUCCCUGCUUAUUAAGAGUUUCCAUUCAGGUUAAAACUCUGCUGGGAUCCUUUUUCAAACCUCUGAACUCUGAGAGCUGAAGCGAACGGAGCGAUGGGAAUGAUUUAAAAGCAGAAAAUGUUGUGCUACUUUCUGUAUCAACACACUAUGGAGAAAGAUGUUACACAAGCUUUUUAACAAAAACCAUUCAAACAGAGGCAGACAAGAAAACUUUUUUACCUACUUUUCGGCUAGGAGAACAUAAAAGAGUUCUAAAAUUAUUAAAAGUUCUUGAUGAAAGGGUUUUUUUACAAGAAUCUUUAUGCUUUCAGACAAUAAAUUAUUUCCUACUUUUUGAGACUUCGUAAUAUUCAGAUACUUUGAUUAGCUCUGAUAGAAGUAGAAGUUUGCAAUGAAAACAAAAAAAAACCCGACCUUCUGUCUCAUUAGUGUGUCAUACUAAGUGCUAAUUAAUUUACAUCUAAUUAUAGUCGAUGUAUUUUUCAAGUGCAAUUUCCCAGAACUAUUUGUUUCCCACUGUGUUAAUAAACUAAUAGUUAGGAAUAAGUCCUCAUCCGUGUUUACUGUAAUUAAGAAGAAAACCAUUCCCUUUAAAAUCAAGAGUUAGAUAUAGGCUGUUUUUCUAAGCUCAUGUACCUUGAACUGGAAGUGGACAGUGUGAGGUUUGCUUCGCGCCUUGGUUUUGUUCUUUUCAUUGUCAUUCUCCAGUGAACGUGUUUAAAACCAACCAUGUGAUUCCAGCCAAAGUCCAAGGCUUUCCUAGGUCUUUUUCCAAAGCCCAGGUCAGACCUGCAGAGGCACCUGCAGGGUUUUGACACCACAUCUGCGAAAAAAAAAGAGAGUUUCUUUGAGUGUUUUGGGGUGUUCCUCUUUGCCAAAGCCUCCUGCCAUGGAGCAGGGCUGGCUUCAGCCCUCUGAGCACCCUGCGCUGCUCUAGUCCCAGCUGAAGCUCCAACAGGCACCUUUGAAAAAUGGAGCUGGAGUGGGGGAUACUCAUGGGAUGCUGACAGGGUCUGGACAGGGAAGGAAGGCACAGGGAGAUAACAGGGAGCAGAGCUUUUGUCCUGUGGGAGAAUGAGGGUGGUGAUUUAAAACUCAUGGUCUAUGACAAGUUGCAGCACAGUUAUUUGUUCAAUCAAAACACAAACAAACAAGCUGUUUCAUUUGGCAAUUACAGUAAAAACAAACACCUCCAAAAAUCAGUCUUUUCCUGGGGAAAACUUUGAUUCUGAGAAACCUGCAGCAUUCCUGCCUAUGAACAGUGUCUUGCUCCGUGGCUCCUCUGUGUGAACAGAAUCAGAUUGUGCUCAGACUUUGAAACCACUCUGUGCUGGUUUACAAAAAAAACCCCACACAACAAAAACCCAUCUGUUCUUCCAUAUCUCUCUAGUUUCCCUGGACAGCCCACAACACAAAUGAAACCCCAUUUCUCAACAAAGCCUGCAGACAUCGUCAUCGUAUCGUUAACAAGAAUCGGUCUUUCGGUGUUAUCCUAUAACAUCCUGGUACAGCAGACCUGAAAACCAAAAUCCUGUUGGAUCAGAUUUGAUUUUCCAAGAAGUAAAACUUUCAGGUAUAUCAUCAGCUCUCUCUUCAGCUCUAGUUUCUCAUACACAAUAGGAGUAAAAGGAGAAAACACUCCAUGUGCCCAUUCAUCUAAUGAUAAACUAUUUUUAUAUGUUAUAUUUCCUUUUCUUUCUGUAUGGAUCACAUAUCCACAAGGGCUAAUAUAUCAUGUCCCUUGAGGUUACAUUUCUGUCUGCAGUUCUAAAGUGUUAUUUCCACUGUGCUUCAGUUCUACUGGUAUAAUCACAACCAUGUAUAAUGUACUUAAUCCUUACUUUUUAAAUAAACCAUUUUAAAUGUA